AUGAUUCCGAGGACAUUACGUGCUGCUCGCGCGAUACGAUUCGGCAGUCGUGCCGCACCACGGACAGCCAACGUAACAGUCCAGCCCUGUCGAACCCUUUCCCAGGCCUCAAGCAUUACGCUACCUGCCCGUCGCCUGAGAACACCAUGCGCUCUGCAGCCACAUGUUGUAGCAUCCUACUCGACAGCCUCACAACCUGACGCGACAAGGCCCCCCUCGCAACAAGCGAACAGCGCACCUGAGAAGCCCGAUUACCUGAACGAGGCUGAGACCGAAAUCUGGAACAGGCUUAUGGCCGAGUUCGAGCCCGUAGAGCUUGUUGUACAGGAUAUCUCGGGCGGCUGCGGCUCCAUGUACGGAAUUGAGAUCAGCUCGGAAAAGUUCCGCGGCUCCGGCAUGCUCAAGCAGCAAAGGAUGGUCAACAAAGUGCUUGCCGACUUGAUGAAGGAAUGGCACGGAGUGCAGUUGAGAACAAGGGUACCCUGA